AUGGGCAUCUAUAGCGUUUCAUUAUCGUUUUUGCUGUUUGCUUCCGUGGGUUUAAGCGCCGAUCUUCCGUCGAUUCAGAUUAAAGGGUCCAAAUUCUUUUACCCCAAUGGCACUCAAUUUUUCUUGAAAGGAGUUGCCUAUCAGCAGGAUUCUUCCGCCAAUGGAGCGGUCUCGACCAACACGAAAUUCGUCGACCCGUUAGCGAACGAGGCAAAUUGCAAGCGUGAUAUUCCAUUACUCAGUCAGCUUGGCACCAACGUUAUCCGCACGUAUGCAAUCGAUCCGACCGCCGAUCAUUCCGCUUGCAUGUCCUUGCUCAACGAUGCGGGUAUAUACGUUAUUUCGGAUCUUAGCAACCCCCAGCAGUCUAUAAAUCGUGGAAACCCGCAGUGGAAUGUCGAUCUUUUCACCCACUUUCAGCAGGUUGUAGACAGUUUCGCUAAUUACACCAAUGUGAUUGGCUUCUUUGUUGGCAACGAGGUCACCAAUAAUGCUACCACGACAUCUGCUUCCGCCUAUGUGAAAGCUGCAGUGCGAGAUGUGAAGCAGUACAUCAAAGACAAGAAAUACCGUGCUAUGGGUGUGGGAUACGCCGCCGAUGACGACUCGGAUAUCAGAAACCAGAUAGCCGCGUACUUCAACUGCGGGCCAACAUCAGACAGUGUCGACUUCUUUGGGUACAAUGUCUACGAAUGGUGCGGCGAGAAAACUUUUGAGACAUCCGGUUAUAAUCGAAUUCUUGAGUUUUUCCAGGACUACUCUGUACCGGUUUUCUUUGCCGAAUAUGGCUGCAAUCUCCCCAACGGAGCAGCAGACCGCAUAUUCCAAGAAACAGGUGCACUUUACGCACACAACAUGACUGCGGUUCUCAGCGGUGGCAUUGUCUAUGAAUACUUUGAAGAAACUAAUGACUAUGGCCUGGUCCAGAUAAACGGCAAUACCGCCACGAAACUUAAGGACUUUGGUGCUCUCCAACAACAGAUUCAGGCAGUUAACAUCCAAGGAGUUGAGAUGUCAAGUUACAACCCUUCCAAUCAGCCUGCCGACUGCCCUGCGGUCAAUUCGACGUGGGAGUCGAGCGACAAGCUCCCGCCAACUCCCGACACCGACGCUUGCAGCUGCAUGGUCAAGGCCUCCCAGUGUGUCGUCUCCAACAGUACAGACUCUACUGACUACGGAAGUUUAUUUGACUAUGUCUGCGGGUCUGAUCAGAGCUUGUGCGACGGCAUUAAUGGCAACACCUCCACUGGCGAUUACGGUGCAUUUAGCAUGUGCAGCGAUCAGGACAAGCUGACGUAUGUCCUGAACCAGUACUAUCUGAAGCAGAACAAGGACAGCACUGCUUGUGACUUCAAUAGCAGCGCCGAGACGCAAACUGCCUCUGGAAGUGUGGACAAGUGCAGUGCCGCGGCCGCCUCCAGCAACUCUACAGACUCGGGCGACUCUUCAGGUUCAGGCAGCGAUGAUAAGGACAAUGGCAGUGCGGAUUCUCUGAUCCCUGGAAGCUGGCCUCUUGGCACAGCAAUGUUUAUUACUCUUCUUGUAAGCACAGGCAUGAUAAGCCUAUAA